AUGGCGUUCGCCGCGCGGAGGAGCCUCGCCUCCCGCUUCUCCCACCACCUCACCCGCCGCUUCCACCCAUCCGUCCCGCAUCUGCUCACCCGCUCCAACGACGACGACCCCCCGAGCCCCUCAUCUCAGCCACAGCCACUCCCGUCAUUCCGCUCCCCGCUCCCGCCCGCUUCCAGAGCAGCCCAAACCCUACACCACCUCCUCCCCUUCUCUCUCCACCACUCGGGGCUACCUCGCCGCGGCUUCUCCUCCUCCGCCCCCGCCCCCGCCCCGGACCCACCCGGAGAGGUUGAUGCUGCCGCGAGCGUCCUUGUCGACGCCGCGGAGGCGGUGGCUUCGUCGGUGCCGGCGCCGUUCCCGGGGGAGGUGGCAGCCGCCGCCGCCGACUCCUUCUUCCCCGUCGCCGCGCUGCAGUACCUCAUUGACUACGUACAUACCUUCACCGGUCUCAACUGGUGGGCUUGUAUCGUGUUAACGACGGUGCUGAUCCGGACCGCUACGAUACCAGUGCUGGUUAGCCAGCUGAAGUCCUCCCAGAAGCUAAAUGCAAUAAAACCAGAGAUGGAAGCCAUUAAGGAUGCAAUGGAUAGUCCGGAUCCAAAAGCAGCGUUAGAGGGGAAGUAUAAAAUGACCGCACUCUUUCAAAAGCAUGGUGUUAGUCCAUUUAGUCCACUAAAAGGAAUGCUAAUCCAAGGGCCAAUGUUCAUGAGCUUUUUCUUUGCUAUAAAUAACAUGGUUGAGAAAGUCCCUUCAAUGAAAGCAGGAGGAGUAUUUUGGUUUACUGAUCUGACAACCCCGGAUCCUCUUUACAUCUGUCCUGUGUUAGCAGCACUGACCUUCUUGGUCACAGUGGAGCUUAACCUGCAGGAAGGAAUGGAGGGCAAUUCUAUGGCUGAUAAAAUGAAGACAUUUUCUAGAGGAAUGGCACUCAUGACAGUCCCGUUCACAAUGAAUUUUGCCAAGGGAAUUUUCUGUUACUGGGUCACGUCGAACUUGUUCUCCCUCGUAUAUGGUAUUGUUAUUCGUCGACCCGCUGUGAGGAAGUUGUUUAAUCUUCCUGCUUGGGAAGCUCCGUCUGCACCUGCGCUGAAUUCAGCCUUGAAUAUGUUUGGUGGAUCCAAGGCAGUACCUUCAGAAAAGUCACCUUUAGCACUCACGGCAGCCCAGCAAUCUUCUUUGGAGAAACCUGAUGCUGCCGCUCUUGGGUAUCGGGUAAAAAAUCUUGAAAAGAAGGGGAAAUCUAGAGCCAAAUCUCGGAAGCGCAGGUAA